AUGCCAGGUUCCUAGAGGAGGCACAGACAUGGAGACUUCAUUCACAGGUUCCCCCUCCCUCAGACGGCGAUGACUCCCAAGCCGGACGGACCCCCGGACGGGGGCUGGGGCUGGGUGGUGGCGGCUGCAGCCUUCGCGGUGAAUGGGCUCUCCUAUGGGCUGUUACGUUCUCUGGGCCUUGCCCUCCCUGACUUCGCGGAGCAUUUUGAUCGAACCGCUCAGGACACUGCGUGGGUCAGCGCUUUGGCCCUAGCCGUGCAGCAGGCAGCGAGCCCAGUGGGCAGCGCCCUGAGCACCCGCUGGGGGGCGCGCCCCGUAGUGAUGGUUGGAGGCAUCCUCACCUCGCUCGGCUUCGUCUUCUCGGCUUUCGCCCGCAGUCUGCUGCACCUCUACCUUGGCCUUGGCGUCCUUGCUGGCUCCGGCUGGGCCCUGGUCUUCGCGCCUGCGCUCGGGACUCUCUCGCGUUACUUCUCCCGCCGUCGAGUCUUGGCCGUGGGCCUGGCGCUCACCGGCAACGGGGCCUCCUCGCUGCUCCUGGCGCCCGCCUUGCAACUCCUCCUGGAUACUUUCGGCUGGCGGGGGGCCCUGCUCCUCCUUGGCGCCAUUACUCUCCACCUCACCCCUUGUGGUGCUCUGCUGCGACCUCUGACGCUUCCUGGCGACCCUCCGGUUCCACCCCGCGGACCCCUAGCUGCCCUUGGCCUGGGUCUCUUCACACGCCGGGCCUUUUUAGUUUUUGCUCUGGGCACUGCCCUUGUGGGGGGCGGGUACUUCGUCCCCUAUGUUCACUUGGCCCCUCACGCCUUAGACCGGGGCCUGGGUGGGUACAGGGCAGCGCUGGUGGUGGCAGUAGCUGCGGUGGCGGAUGCGGGCGCCCGGCUGGUCUGUGGGUGGCUGGCAGACCAGGGCUGGGUGCCCCUCCCGCGGCUGCUGGCAGUGUUUGGGGCUCUGACUGGGCUGGCGCUGCUGGCUGUGGGGUUGGUGCCAGUAGUGGGGGGCAAGGAGGGCUGGGGGGGCUCCCUGCUGGCCACGGCUGGGGCCUACGGGCUGAGCGCCGGCAGUUACGCCCCUCUGGUUUUCGGUGUACUCCCCGGGCUAGUGGGCAUUGGAGGUGUUGUACAGGCCACAGGGCUGGUGAUGAUGCUGAUGAGCCUCGGAGGGCUUCUGGGCCCCCCGCUGUCAGGCUUCCUAAGGGAUGAGACUGGAGACUUCACUGCCUCCUUCCUCGUGUGUGGCUCUUUGGUCUUCUCUGGCAGCUUCAUCUACAUGGGGUUGCCUGGGGCAUUGCCCUCCUGUCAUCCAACUUCAAGUCCAGCCACUCCUCCCCCUGAGAGGGGAGAGCUGCUCCAGGUUCCUCAGGUUGCCCAACUCUCUCCAGGGGGCCCUCAGUCCAUUCUGGACACCACUUGUUGACCAUUUUCUUUUGGUGUGAGCCCCUCCCCUAAUAAAGAAUUUCUGGUUUUCCUGCAAGCUCUAAUUGUUAGCCAACCUAGAAUGCUGAAAACUUUCUACUUAAGGUAUUCAAAAAGGCUGGUUAAAAGAAACAGGAUCUCACUAAGCCCUGGGGGAGGGGAGGGGUAUCUGUCCAGCCAGUCCAUUUCUCUUCAGCCAAGUUGUUACCAUUAUAACAGGGAAUCUUUGAGAAGUUGUCUGCCCGUCAACUGUAGUUUGCAUGAGGGGGAGGAGGACUCAUGGGUGCUACUUGCCCCAUCCUCAUUUCCCUUACUUAAAACUCUUUCUUAAAUCUCAAUGUCCUUCUACUGGCCUGAGGUAAAUACAAGAAUCCUAGACCCAGACUUCAGCUCUCUCGGCUUUAGCUCCGUCUUUCAAACUAUCCACCACACACACACACACACACACACACACACACACACACACACACACACACACUGUAUCCCCACCGUUCUCUUAAU